AUGGAGUGUGGUGGUACUACUAGUGAAGCGCAAGCCACUGCUUUCCGAUGCGUACAAUGCGGGAUCCCAAUUAAAACACUCUACGUACAGUACUCUCCCGGAAACAUUCGUCUCAUGAAAUGCGAAAAUUGCAAAGCUGUUGCUGAUGAGUACAUCGAAUGUGAAAUCAUGAUUCUUAUAAUUGAUUUAAUUCUUCACAAGCCCAAAGCGUACAGACAUUUAUUCUACAAUAUGUUCAGUAAAGAGACUCUCAAUCAUGAGGGCUUGUUAUGGAAAUCAAUUUUGGGCUUCCUGAUUUUGGAUGCUUAUGGAACUUUGGUCUUGAGCACAUAUGAAAGGGAGUCGAAUGCCAAUGUCACUUCAUUAUUGUGGGAUUUCGGAAAGAUGUUUGCAGGUGUCUUCUUUCGGAACCUCGUGUUUUUCUGUGUUAUGUUUCUCGGAGCAAGAAAGUUUUUGAAUUCACCAGCUGGAUUAUAUGGGUGUAAAGAUAUAUUGCUGGGGAUCCUUGUUUCAAGUUACUUUAAGAUUUUUCUUGUGGCCACAAUGGUAUGGGACUUUCCUUCCUCCGUGAUUUUCAUCAUUGAUCUGUUUGUCAUAUCAUCCAAUACUGUGGCUUUAGAAGUGAUCACCUACUCAGAGAUGAUAAGAUGCUUGGCAGUCUGCAUUAUGGCACAUUCUGUUAAGUUUAUGGUCGGCCAGGGGCUCAGCAAUUACCCUCUAAAGCUUGUUAUGUAA